AUGGGGCACAGAAGCCGAAAACGCUCCCGUUCCACAUCGCCGCGCAGACGGGCGUCGUCCAGUGCAUCCUCUUUAAGUGAUGACGCCGCCACAUGCAAAAGACUGGCCAAACGUCUGCGCCGCCUGGAGCGCAAGGUAAAACGACAGAGGCAGGCUACGCCACGCCGUUCUGUCGCUCGGUGUUUACAAGACCGAGUAUCUCGCCAUGGCGCGAGUAAUAAUCAUCCAUAUCGCCGAUCUCCCGACAGCGAUCGCUCCCGCCCGGUUUCUUCUGCCGACGAGAACGGGGAUGAUCGUGGCACAGUACGAUGUCCGACUCCCACGUCUCCGUCGACGCAGUUAAGUAAAUCCGUGGAACCGCAACCGGCCGACGCCGAUGUCGUACUCGUAUGCAAUGACAACGAGCUCGAACAGGAAAUUCUGGACGUGUUAGGCGCCGACCCGUCCGCCGCUACGACGGACAAAUGUCAACUGCAUACGGCGCUUGCGUCCCGCUGGACGCAUGUGCUUACGAACGGCUUGGAGGCGACAACAAGAAACGACCUGCUCGCCAAAUACAAAAUUCCUAUUAAUUGCGCGCGACUUGAGGCGCCUGCUUUGAACCCCGAAAUAAAACCUGCUUUGUCCGAACUGUCACUCAAAAAAGACAAGUAUCAGACCCUCGCCCAAACACAACUGGGCGUAGGUUUAGUGCCGUUAGCACAGGCCAUAAAUGCGCUUCUCGCAUCAAACGAACCGCCACACUUCGAUAACAUUCUUUCGUUGCUAGCGGACACCGGAAGACUGCUCACGGACCUCUUUUUUACCAUGUCCAAGCAUCGCCGCUAUAAUAUAAGCCAGAAUUUAAAUAAAUCGCUCAAGGACGUCCUGCAGGAGGACACGCCCGGCGAAUUUCUAUUUGGACAGGCGCUCGCCGACCGCAUAAAAACCGCCAAGUCCCUCCAAAAAUCUAGCCUGGACUUAAAGGCGGCAAAAGCUCCAAGCACCCUCUGGGUCGGGAAACCGGCGAAGUCCAAUCCGAACAUCGAGACGCCGGAGCGGACUGUUGACGUCGCAAGCGACAUUCAAAGCGUCUCGCUCAGGAAAAUCCCGCGGCCAGAGCUACAGAACACGCCGGAUGUAACUACAGAGGUAGGUUGCGCAGGCCGAUUAGGCAAGUUUGCUGAACAGUGGCAGAUUGUCAGCAAAAAUGACUCCAUCCUUCAAUGGAUUCGGGGUUACAAAAUCCCUUUUGUGACACAACCACAGGCCUCCCGUAGCAUUAAACCAGGCACGAGGUCACAUGAUAAGGAAGACAUCCUCCCAGUUAUCGCGGAGCUGCAAAAACAGGGAGCAAUCGAACCUUGUGAGCCUAUGAGAGGUCAAUGGUUGUCACCGUUUUUUCUUGUUAAAAAACCUAACGGCAAGAACAGAUUUAUUUUGAACUUAAAAGGUCUUAAUCAAUUUCUUGCGCCUCCCCAUUUCAAAAUGGAAGAUAUCAGGUCUGUAACAAAACUUGUACAGAAAAAUUGGUUUAUGAGUUCCAUUGAUUUGAAGGAUGCAUAUUUUUUAGUUCCGAUAGAUCCAAAUCACAGAAAAUACCUACGGUUCCAAUAUAAGAAUCAAUUCUUUGAAUUUACUUGUCUGCCCUUUGGGCUUUCAGUCGCCCCUUAUGUGUUUACAAAAAUUAUGAGACCAGUAGUUAAGUAUUUAAGGUCUGCGGGCAUACUUUGCUUGAAUUAUUUAGAUGACAUCCUCAUUUUAAGUGAAAAUUACGAGGCAGGUCAAAGACAUAUACACGUUGCAACAACACUGCUAGAAUCUUUGGGUUUCCUUAUCAAUUAUAAUAAAAGUUCUCUGAUCCCUAGUACAAGGUGUACCUUUUUAGGUUUUAUUAUUGACUCACAUAGCAUGAGUUUAGAACUUCCCAACGAAAAACAGCGUCGAAUUUUAAAACUCGUAAACGAAAUCAAGCUAUCGAAGAAACUUCAGAUAAGAAAAUUGGCACACACUCUUGGCGUGUUAGGUUCUUCAUGUCCAGCCAUAAAAUAUGGAUGGCUGUAUACCAAACGUUUGGAACGCGAUAAAUAUCUAGCAUUACGCAGAACAAACGGUAACUACAACGCCUAUAUGCAUCUUUCGAAACGUUCAUUCGAAGAUCUCGAUUGGUGGUUGCUCCACACCACCAGGUGCAAUAAUGAAAUCCGACAGGAUCAUUUUGAGUUAGAAAUUUUUACGGAUAGCUCCUUAACCGGGUGGGGGGCAUAUUGUCAGGGGGAAGUCACUAACGGUUGGUGGCCACUGAAUGUACAAACUAAACAUAUUAAUUUUUUGGAACUACUGGCGAUCCAGUAUGGUCUGCAAUGUUUUGCUAAUAGCUAUAAAUCAGCUAGCAUUCUCAUUAGGUCGGAUAAUACAACAGCAAUCUCGUACAUUAACCGAAUGGGUAGUGUUAAGUUUGCGGACUUAUACCAAGAAUCACGUAAACUUCCGCCGUUAGAAACAGAAUGGUCACUGUCAGGUGCCGCAUUUCACACAAUAAUUACCACAAUUUCUGUCCCGGAAAUAGACUUGUUUGCCUCCUAUGCAAAUUUUAAAUGUGAAAAAUACGUUUCCUGGAAACGAGAUCCAGGCGCAGUCAUGAUAGACGCAUUUACAAUUUCCUGGAAAAACUUAAACUUCUAUGCGUUUCCUCCAUUUUCGCUGAUUCUGAGGGUUUUAAAUAAAAUCAUUAACGAAAAAGCGACAGGUAUUGUGGUUGUGCCGCACUGGCCCACGCAGCACACCAGACUUAAUAACUUCUCCUUACAGUUCGGCGGCUCACCCACUCAAAAUUACCCUGGUAGCCGCGCGGUUGUCAGGCACGCUCUUUCAUUAAAAAAUAUACCAGAGGCAGUCAUACCAAUCAUGUUAAACUCUAUAACGGACACCACUCUAAAGCAGUAUGACACGACUUACCAUCAGUGGUGGGACUUUUGUAACCAGCACGCAAUAUCCCCUUACACUGCGGAUAAGACUCAGGUACUGACUUUUUUGCAACAUAUUUACAGUACCAAAGCAGUGGCAUAUGGCACCUUCAAUUCACAUCGGUCAGCAUUAGCCUUAAUUUUACCAGGAGACAUGGGCAAUGACCCUCACAUAAAAAGAUUUUUAAAGGGUAUAGCACGACUUCGACCUCCACGCCCCAAGUACGAUUUCACCUGGGAUCCAGGGUUGGUGAUACAAUAUUUCCAAAGAUACUCACCAAAUGACUCACUAAGCUUGACCAAUCUUACGUAUAAACUCAUUUGUUUGUUAGCCUUAAUAACAGGACACCGCAUUCAGACUCUCUCAUUAAUUCGACUGUCUAACAUUCACAUUAAUCCCGACAAGAUUCAGAUUCGAAUUACUGAUGAACUAAAAACCUCAACGCGGACAAACACACAACCGUGCUUACAGAUUCCUUUCUUUGAAGAGAAUCCCUCAAUUUGCGUAGCCUCUGUACUAACGACUUAUCUCCAACGUACCGCAGAUCUUCGCAGUAAGGAAGACCGAUUGUUCGUCACAAUUAGGCCCCCUCAUAGGGCAGCUAACAAACAAACCCUCAGCCAGUGGAUAAAGAGGUCACUCAGGGCUGCAGGAAUUGACACUUCAAUUUUCAGUGCACAUUCGACGCGACACGCGUCAACAUCGGCAGCCUAUCGUAGCGGCCUAUCUUGGGAUGUUAUUCGAAAAACAGCGGGAUGGUCUUCGGGAUCAUCAGUUUUUGCUCGGUUUUAUAACCGUCCUCUCGCACAAUCAACAGCCUUCGCUUGUGCGAUGCUAAAAGACUGA